AUGGCUCCGUGGCCCCACGGGAACAGCUCGCUGGCUUCGUGGCCAAGUGCCCCCACCCUGGCGCCCAAUGCCGCCAACACGAGUGGGCUGCCCGGGGUGCCGUGGGCGGCGGCAUUGGCGGGGGCGCUGUUGGCGCUGGCCACCGUGGGAGGCAACCUGCUGGUGAUCGUGGCCAUCGCCCGGACGCCGAGACUCCAAACCAUUACCAACGUGUUCGUGACUUCGCUGGCCGCAGCCGACCUGGUGGUGGGACUCCUGGUAGUGCCCCUGGGGGCCACCUUGGCGUUGACUGGCCACUGGCCCCUGGGAGCCACGAGUUGCGAGCUGUGGACCUCGGUGGAUGUGCUGUGCGUGACCGCCAGCAUCGAGACCCUGUGCGCCCUGGCUGUGGACCGCUACCUGGCCGUGACCAACCCGCUGCGCUACAGCGUCCUGGUCACCAAACUCCGCGCCCGGGCAGCGGUGGUCCUGGUGUGGGUCGUGUCCGCCGCGGUGUCAUUUGCGCCCAUCAUGAGUAAAUGGUGGCGCGUGGGAGCGGACGCCGAGGCGCAGCGUUGCCACUCCAACCCGCGCUGCUGCGCCUUUGCCUCCAACAUGCCCUACGCGCUGCUCUCCUCCUCGGUCUCCUUCUACCUUCCGCUGCUCGUGAUGCUCUUCGUCUACGCGCGAGUUUUCGUCGUGGCGAAGCGCCAGCUGCGCUUGCUGCGCCGGGAGCUGGGCCGCUUUCCGCCAGAGGCGUCUCCGGCCCCCACCGGACUGUACGCUUCGCCCCCAGGGGUGCCCUCCUGCGGUAGGCGGCCCGCGCGCCUCCUGCCUCUCCGGGAACACCGUGCCCUGCGCACCUUGGGUCUCAUCAUGGGUACCUUUACGCUCUGCUGGUUGCCCUUCUUCGUGGCCAACGUCGUGCGCGCCCUCGGAGGGCCCUCUUUAGUUCCCAGCUCGGCUUUCCUUGCCCUUAACUGGCUGGGCUAUGCCAACUCUGCCUUCAACCCACUCAUCUACUGCCGCAGCCCCGACUUUCGCAGUGCCUUCCGCCGGCUGCUGUGUCGCUGCCGGACAGACCAGCACCCAACUGCCACCUCCCUUCCCGGUCACCCAUCUGGCGGUACUGCGGCCCUGACCAGUCCAGUGGAGUCCAGGCAGUGUCCACAGCUCGAUGGGGCUUCCUGGGGAAUUUCUUAGACCCUGAAGGACAAGAAACAACAGCUCCAUUGAUCCAGAACCUUUGUGAAGCUUCUGGCCUCUGUUCAGAAUAAGCCCUGUGGAGUUUCUGGAAAACUCUACCUCCCAGAACCUGACAACUGGGCCUUUGGGGGAUGCCUGGGGGGACGGAAUCCUUAUCAAGUGGCUUUUCACCAUCCUGCCCCCUCCCCACCGCCCCAGAAGUUUUCCAGACCCCUGAACUUCACCACUACCUCAGCUGUUGGAGUGUCCCGCUUGUGCUCAGCUGGCCUUGGAGCAGCUAGGCUAAUUUGGGGGAGAUGUCCAUCACCCUGCUCACUUAUGUGCUGUGUGCUUAGGGCAAAGAGAACACCCCUCAUUCAAUCCCUUUUGGUACCUAGGAUUUUGGACCCUAAUGAACCACUGAGUUCUUGAGGCUUGGUGGCCUAGGCUGAGGGCAGGAUGCUAGAAAAGGUCAAGAUUUAGGUCUUUGUCUCUGACUCCCUCACUUUGGCUCUCUUAGCACUAGCCUCCCUCAUCUUAGACACAUACCAGCUCUGAUCUACCUCACAACAGUGUCAGAAGGUUUUGAGUGGCUCCAGGGUUCAUAGGAAGGUGAACUAUUAGGAUGGAUCAUUCCUUUUCAACUCAAAUUAAUAAAUAUUAUUGAAGGUUGCUCAUUGUUGCCCUCUUUUCCCUCCAUUUGUUUUCUUUUGAUAAUCCGUUUACUCUCUUCUUAGAGCUGGCCUUUGACAGAGGCAAUACAUUAGGACUAAUCCUUUCCCCUUCAUUCUAAUCCUCAUGAAGCAAAAAAUGAAAAGUCUGUUUGGGUGAAAGGGAGCCUUUUGAGUCUUUGAUAUUCAUGCCUCACCACCCUUUCCAACAUCCCUGGAAUCUAGUUGCAAGUGAGGAGCAAAGCCAGACUCCUUGUAGAAGGGAGCAGAAGAUUGGGUUUGCUGUGUAUGGGAUCAUCUCCCUUGAUACCAGUCAGAGGUGGAUUCUUAAGGUCCUGUUGGCAUCGGAAAUCAGUUCAAUGCUGUAUGUAUGUGUCUGGCGGCACAGAGCACUGUUUGUAUGGGGCAAAUGUCUGGGUUAUAAAUAUUCCUGGUGUUUCCCAUUCUUUCCCUAAUCUCUACCUUCCUACUCCCUUUCCUGGGCUGUGGAUAUCCAUAUUCUUUUUGAAGCAAACUGGAGUUGCAAGUUUGAGCCAGUUGAUAAUUUUUUUCCUUAUUACAAUUUUAACGAACCUUAUCAGGCAGAUUUCCUACGGAAAAUUUCUAUGGAAAUCACUGGAUCGUUUUGGGAGUUCUUAUUUAAACACCAUUAGCAAAGACCAUUGUCUGGGCUGAUUUACAGGAUACCCAGUAAAUCACCAAAUGUUUAAUGUGCUAUAUACGACAGCAGUAUACAAUGCAUUGUCUGAGUUCAGGGGCUCCAGAGUUAUAAGACUUCAACCUGCCCGAGGAUAAGCACAGUGGAUUUCCACAUAUGGGUGUUUCCUGUGAACUGGACUGGGCCUAUGCUGCUCCCAUUUCUCUAGAAUCCCAGGUUUGAUUUCUUAGGAUGUUUGCAUACCAAACAUGACUUUCUUCUUUCCGGCCCACGGCAGUGUGAGGUGUGGAGGGUUUCUGGCAAGGACUCCACUUUCAAACCCUUGGUAAAGAAGGAAGUCUUACUUUAGCUUGGGUAUCAAUAAGAGGGCCUUCUCUCCUCAUCUCUGGAUAUUUUCCCAACGUCAAGGAGGAAAGUUGCCCAGUUGCUUCUAGGCAGGGGAGAAAGAUGCUUUCAGAUGGGAGGUGGAGGAGGGAGCUUUGGUUUGUAGAAUUGUUCUUGAACUUUAUCCAGGACUUCAUACUGCUUGAGUCUUGCUCGACGUGCACCCGUGUGCCAGCUGUCAGACUCUUCUGGAGUGUUUAGACUUGCACUGGCCUGCGGACUCAUCUGCAGAUUGUUACCCAUGCAUUUGACAGAUGGAGAGGCAGUCACUCUGGUCAUUUCUCCAGCAACGUGUGGCCAGGUGUCAGGCUGAGAGAGAUUUACAUCCUUGGACGUCAAGCACACUGCUUUUGCAAGCACAAGUCCUGAGCACUUGAACUGUGAAAGACAAACAACCAGAUGUGAAGACUUACAGACCAAUGAGAACAAAAGAGCUCAUGUAACCCCUGGCCUUGCCAGAGUCUGUUAGCAAGAGCUGGGAAUGGGGCAGAGAUGACAGGGAGACAGGGUGGAUGUGGAGGAAAGGGAAUAAAGAGUAAAUGAUUUUUUUUUCCAGAGGUGACCUACCUUUUGUGUCAGGUGGAAAUGUGAAGGAGCAGGCAGAUGUGAAGGAGCAGGGCAACGAGGAGGAGACUGAUAACAGACUGUCCUAGGGCUCUCCCCAGGGAACCUUCUUUUGGGGAAGGGUGGUCAGUGCAGGCUCAGGUCCUUAUGGGCAAUCAGGGGGCUGUAAUUCCACACUAGCAGCGUCCCUCAACCCUUGUAGAGAUGGAAUUGCUUCUCCCCUCUUGUCCUGGGGCCACAAGUGAAGGUCUUGGAAAUGAUGCUCCCUUAUAUUUCCAUCCUAAAAGCCAAACAUUCAGGCUCUCUCUCAGACCUCUUGGCCAAGUAUGUCUGUGUUUAUGUGUCCAGAGGAGAAGUAGACGCCUGCAAUCAAGAGUGCUGCUGAAGCUCCCCGCCCCAUGCAAAACACCCUGGAUACAGUAGGCCUUAGGCUACUAACAGAGGAGUUGGGCAAAAUGCACAGCUCAGUUUAAUUAGCAGAAGCUCCCGAAAGCCUUCUAAUCUUUCAUAGUCCAUCCCAUUAUGAGAUUAAGGAGAAUCAAAAUGCUUUUCUCAGCUUCCUCAACUACAAAAUAAAUGGAGACUCAACCAAGCCUCCCUCCUUCCCUUUUUCCCUCCUUUUAUUCCCUCCUUCCCUUCUCGCUCUCUUGCUUUUAUAUGGGGAAUGCGGAUGACUGCAGGGACUAGGCAGGGCUUGGCUACUUCACCAUUGGGGCUAUGCAAGCAUACGUGGGACCAGGCGCCCCCUGAUGGUGGUGUGAGGUAUGUACUUUGCAAUGCUGGUCUGUGGACCAGUGGCAGGGAAAACUACAUUUUUCACAAGGUCACUGACUGUUGGAGCUAGAAGAGCACAUAGAAAUGAUUUAGUUCAUUCUUUUGAUAAAAUGGAUAAAGAAACCGAUUUGUGGAGAGGUGAAUUGUAAGUGAAUUUAGUCAGUGAAACCCAACCCAGUGGUCGGUAGUGUAAAGAAGAAUUCUGAGCUGGAAAAUCAAGAAAGGAAAGAAGGAGAUGGCCAUUUAUUGAGCACCAAUAAAUAUGGCAAACACUGUAAGAGGUGCUCUACAGAUGUUAUGUUCUAGUGACUACAAAUAAAGAGUAGCGUGUCUUAUAGAUCAACUG